CUAAUAAGCUAAUCUGAAGGCCACACAUCAUAUGCCGAAGGUCGUCGGUAUGUAACAAUAAUGAAAAUAGUUACAUGUGACGUUACUAACGUGAGUCUGUCUUACUUAAUGCAGGGAAGCAAAUAGUAAUUGUAUUGGAAGGAGCCCUACGUAGUAUGAGACUGCAGAGCUGUGGAUAAAACUGUUUUGUAACAACAAAACUACAAUGAAGUAUCUGUGAGGAAAUGACAAGUCCAGAGUGGAUUAUGUCGAAUCAGAACAUGGUUGAGAAGACUGAGGAUUUGGAUAAUUUGGCUAAUGAUUUGGAGCACAUUCUGUCUGAUAGUUUGCGACAUGUAGAUGGCGAAUUCAAUUAUGAGUUGUCUUUCACUGCUUUAUCUGAUCUCGAUACUCGAUUCAUGCUAAUGCUCGACAAGAGUAUGAUGCCUCAGUCCAACACAGACCAUUUCAGACCUGUUAAGAAUGCCUGGGUGAAGUUUGCCGCAAUGGCCUCUGCAUACGUCUACAAAAAUGUUGGUGAAUCGGUUUCCAAACCCCUUCGAAAAUGGCUGGCGAAUGCUGCCAGUGCUGCGAUUCUCGCUGGACUACUUGCAGAAGUGCCUGAAUCGUCGGAUUCAGAUGAACGGACUACUUCUGAUGGAGAAAAACCUGUCGAAAAUAUCUCCACACCUGACAGAGUAGUGGAGAAUCGUCAAGAUGGUGCCUGGUACUAUGGCCGUUGGACCGUUGACAAUGUUGCAAGCGGUUGUGAAAUGGUGGAUGUGAUCGAUGCUGAAAUGACAGAUGCAUGUAUUCGAGUGAUGAUUGCUGCUGUUGUUAACUAUUUCCAGGAGAACAGAUUUGCUCCGUGUGGGUUGUUGAGAGACAGUUAUGCAAGUGCGAUACUGAGAAGUGAUCUAAUGGAUAGGUAUGGGUUGACAGACGAACGUGACAAAAUUGAAGCGAUGCGUAUUACUGGUAGUUGGGUCUCGAAACUGUAUGUGUUUCACAUGGCGACGAAGCAUCGUGAUUUGGAACACCCAAUCAGACCUAUAAAUAAUGUUGGUUUGGUGCGUCCUCUGAAACUAGAUAUCAGUCAGUGUUUCGAGGACUUGACAGCUAGAUUUAUCCGUACACGAAUCGCACAUCAGAUUGCCAGUCGGAUGGUGCAAUCUGUGUGUAUAGUGUUUUUCGAAGAUUUGAAUGAAUUGAUUGAGUUGCGGAAGCUGUACCGUCAAAUAUCCAGUGAUCCAUUUUAUUACCACACUGACUGUGAAUAUUUGACGAAUUCAUCUCGACCGUCAGUCAGUGACAAGAUGAGUAGUAUAUUUGGUCGAUUGGUCACCUAUUUGAGUGUUUUUGAGCCGAAUAGUGAACUGUUUGAUUAUCCGCAGUUGAAGAUUAAUGGUAGAACUCAAGAACAACACUAUCUUGAUUACAGUGAGAACUGGAAGAAGGUACUGGAGACGAUUUAUGCAGACUUGUGUAUGUCGAAGCAAAAUAUGCGUUUCGGCGAAAUGAAAAACUUUUGAGAGAAUGUUGGAAUGAAUAUGGUAUCGAGUCAGAUAUAUCGGAUUAUCUUUUUCGAUGUUCAGUGAUUCGUUAGAAAUUAUGUUUACUCAUUAACAACUCGAGAUUAAAACUUUGUUAUUAACAAAUUGCAAUAUUUUUCUUUUCAUUCAUAAAAUCUAUUUAUUUCACUAGUGAUGUUGCUUUAUGUCUUCACUUUGAUUUUGUUAACAUAUAAGUAAUUGUUACAAGCACUUUCGAUGUAAGUGAACUCAAAUUCAGAUGAUUUUAGUAUUAUCGAUCAGAGUUUCUGAAAACUUAGUUAUUAGUAAACUUAUUGUUACUUUACAUCUGUCAUUACAUUGUAUUGUUUGCGUUGAUUUAUCCAUACUGUUAUGUAAGUGUAAUUGUGUACAAAGUAAAUAUUCGAUAACUUUUC